CAUCAUCUGAUUAAACGUUUAUGUUUAUCUUGUUUUUCAACUUUACGCGCAAACAAAAUGAGAGCCUUUACAUCCACGGUGACAGUCUUGUGGGUGAUAACAAUACCCUACAUGGAAGCCAUCCACGGAUUGUACAGUUUUGGCCAACAUGAAUUAUUCUACAAAAAGAAUAACUGUAAGCCAAUUCCUACAAGCCUCCUCCUAUGCCACAAUAUAGAAUACACGGCGAUGCGCCUACCGAAUCUCCUCGGACACGAAACUAUGAAUGAAGUUCUGCAGCAAGCUUCGUCUUGGAUCCCACUGGUUCAGAAGCAAUGUCACCCCGACACAAGAAAGUUCCUCUGCUCCCUUUUCGCUCCCGUCUGUCUGGACGAUUUGGACGAGCCUAUUCAACCGUGCAGGUCUCUGUGCGAAAACGUCAAAAAUGGCUGUGCGCCCGUGAUGUCCGCGUUUGGCUUUCCCUGGCCGAAGAUGUUGGACUGCGACCGUUUUCCACCCGACAAUGACCUGUGCAUACCACCUGCAAACACCGAGAACUUUGUGCCAGCCACCAAAGAAGUGCCCAGAGUGUGUGAUGCUUGCAAAGAAACAGAUGAAAAUGACAACGAAAUUGCUGUCAACCUGUGCAAGAAUGACUUCGCUCUGAAGAUCAAAGUCAAGGAAAUUUCCUACAUCAACGGUGAUACAAAGAUUGUGCCAGACUCCAAGAGUAAGACCAUUUAUAAGCUGAGCGGCGUGACCGAGCGUGACCUGAAGAAGACGGUGCUGUGGUUGAAGGACGGCCUGCAGUGCAUCUGUGAGGAGAUGAACGACAUCAACGCUGCCUACCUGGUCAUGGGCCAAAAGAUGGACGGCCACCUGGUCAUCACCUCGCUGAAGCGCUGGCAGAAGGGACAGCGCGAGUUUAAGAGGAUUUCCCGCAGCAUCCGUAAGCUUCAGUGCUAGGGAGGGGGCAAAUCUGCAUGUGUCACUGUUUAGAUCAAGCUUAGUUGAGCUUUUCCCCAUUUACUCUCUGGAUUCAAGCAAAGAUGUUUCCCUGGUCUUCAAAGACAUACCAUGUCUUCCAUCAUUUAUCAUAAAAAUGCACAAAAUCUUAAAAGCUAAAUAAUAUGGGGCACACAUAGGCUUAUAUGACUAAAACAACUUGCAUUUUGUUUGACUCUGCAACUAUAAUUAAAACACUCAAACUAUAUCAAUCAAUAAGGAC